AUAAAACCUCUUCAAAGUAGCCGGCAGCUAGGGUUCUUUGCUCAUCGCAGAUCUUCAACAGCUCUCACUCUACCUCCCGAGCUCGCUGCAAGCUAAGCCGCGAUUCCACCAUGGCCGUCGGAAAGAACAAGAGGCUUUCAAAAGCGAAGAAGGGAGGCAAGAAGAAAGUUGUCGAUCCGUUUGCAAAGAAGGAGUGGUAUGAUAUCAAAGCCCCUUCAGUUUUUAGCAACAAGAACGUUGGUAAAACCCUAAUUACCCGUACUCAGGGUACAAAGAUCGCCUCAGAAGGUCUUAAGCACCGUGUUGUUGAGGCAUCUUUGGCUGAUCUUCAAGGCGACGAGGAUCACGCCUACAGAAAGAUCCGCUUGAGAGUUGAGGAUGUUCAGGGAAAGAAUGUUCUCACUAACUUCUGGGGUAUGGAUUUCACCACGGACAAGUUGAGAUCACUUGUAAGGAAAAGACAAUCGCUUAUUGAGGCACAUAUUGAUGUCAAGACAACUGAUGCCUACACUUUGAGGAUGUUUUGCAUUGGCUUCACUAAGAAGCGUGUGAACCAACAGAAAGUUACAUGCUAUGCAAAGGCCAGCCAAGUUCGCCAGAUUCGUAGGAAGAUGCGGGAGAUCAUGGUUAACCAAGCACAGUCCUGCAGCCUGAAGGAAUUGGUUCAGAAGUUCAUUCCAGAGUCAAUUGGGAAAGAGAUUGAGAAGGCUACUUCAAGCAUCUACCCAUUGCAGAAUGUGUAUAUAAGAAAGGUUAAGAUCUUGAAGGCCCCCAAAUUUGACCUUGGCAAGUUGAUGGAGGUUCAUGGAGAUUACACCGAAGAUAUUGGUGCAAAGUUGGACAGGCCAGCAGAGGAGCCAGUUGCUGAGCCAACUGAACUUGUUGGUGCCUAGUUUCAUAUUAAAUUUUGGUACACAUUUGUUGGAGUUUUGGUAUGAGAUUUUGUUUCUCCAAGACCAAGAGUAGGGAAAAUUUAAUUGGAAAAUCUGUUUGAUGUCGUGGUCAUAUUUAUGAAUGCUGAGCACUCAAUUUUAAUAAUUUUUAUAGAUUAACUUCGUUUUGAUA